CGUCAACACCCGUCUGUGACAAGACGCCACUCCUCAGCUUCAUCCCCCAUAUGGUGUUUCGCUACACCUCUCCCCACACCCCUCCGUUUCUUUGCACAAGGCUUGAUACGUCUUCUUUGAUUAUUGUGCGUGGGAAAGACCUUUAAGAAUCUGCGACUUGCGUUGUGGCGCUGCUUAUUUGCGAUCAUGGCACUCUCCAAAUCUGCCCGGAUAGGUAUCCUUUUGGCAAUCGAUAGCAUUUUCUUCCUGCUAGAACUCGUCGUUGGCUAUGCCGUCCACUCGCUCGCCCUUGUUGCCGAUUCGUUUCAUAUGCUGAAUGAUGUGCUAUCACUACUCGUCGGGUUAUGGGCGGUCAAGGUCGCGAACCAGAAAACCAACUCGAAGAUGUACACCUAUGGAUGGCAACGUGCAGAAACCCUAGGCGCACUUGUCAACGGUGUCUUCCUUGUCGCACUGUGUCUUUCGAUCUUCCUCGAAGCCAUCCAACGUUUUGUUGAGCCACAAGAAGUAAAUCAUCCGAAGUUGGUCCUGAUAGUGGGUUGCUUCGGAUUAGCCUCGAACAUCAUCGGCCUUGCCCUCUUCCACGAUCACAGCCACGGCCACGGCGCACAUGGGCAUGAACAUGGCGCUACUCUCAGUAGAGCAGAGCAAGGACAAUCGAGCGGUCUCGAUGACGGGACCCGGGAGAUGGUGGACGAAGGCGGGAGCGUAGCCGAUGUCCUGCCGCAGUCCCGGGUCAGGGAGUAUCAGUCCAUGGCUUCGGCGAAUUUCCGGACAGAAACUGCAGGAUCUGGUCGGAAAACUCGACGGAGGUCCAUGUCUGGAAAGAGCGGUUCGAGAGCACAUCGUCGUUCACGAUCGCGCGGAUACUCUAUACCCCAAGAGAUCUACGUGCAUCCAUCCUCAUUCAGAGCAUCGAUCAUCGAAUCGUCCAAGGUUGAAGCUAGUGAGACGGAGUCCGAGCCAGAAGGCGAGACAGCAAUUGGGGGUGUGCCUACCGAGCAGUCACCCCUUUUGUCCAACAACAAGGGGAAGAGCGCCCCUGACGCCCUUGCUGGACCAAAGCGAACGAAAUUCGACCUUCAUUCUGAGCAUAAGCACAGCCGGCCGAAGGAGGAAGGGAAGAAGGGUGGCCAUGGGCAUUCUCAUGACCUCAACAUGCGAGGCGUGUUUCUCCAUGUAAUGGGGGAUGCGCUUGGCAACAUUGGCGUCAUUGCCUCUGCACUUAUCAUCUGGCUCACUGACUACUGGUGGCGUUUCUACUCGGACCCAUUGAUCUCGUUGAUUAUCACCGUCAUUAUCUUAUUUUCUGCCAUACCUCUCUGCAAGGCUGCUUCGCGCAUCCUCCUACAGGCUGUUCCGGCUGGCUUCUCGAUCGACGAUCUCAAGGACGACAUAUCCGAGCUUGAUGGGGUUGUAUCCUGCCACCAUGUACAUGUGUGGCAACUGUCGGAUGCAAAGUUGAUCGCCUCUCUGCAUGUCCAAGUGGACUUCGAUUUUAGGGAAUCGGGAUCCGCCCAAUAUAUGGAGCUGGCGCGUGAGAUCCGUAAAUGCUUACAUGAGUACGGAAUCCACUCAUCGACCAUUCAACCGGAGUUCUGCCUAGAUGCGCAACACGAUCACACGAAACCUAUAGACGACAGUAGCGCCGACGAAGACCACCGCCCCCGUACCGGCAGCAGGGGUGGAUCGCUCCGUAACAGCAAGGCGAAUAGUGUUCGAGGCGAUGCAGACGCCUGUUUGCUCGAGUGCGAUGAAGAAUGCGAGAAUAGCAAGCAGUGCUGUGAUCCGGCUCUCAAGGGUUGCGGUGCCGGAGCCUAACUUAAGGACUCCAGGUUGCUACGAUAUUCUCUCCCAGAUUCGUGCUAUAAUGCAGAUGUUCUGGCUCCCACGAUUAUUGUUCCGAUGUUUCCUGAUUUGUAUUGGUUCAUGUGCUGCAUCAAAAUGGCGUUGGCGGCGAUAUCAGCUAGAUUAUAGGUCCAAGUAAUGACUUACUUCGGGGAUUGAUUUCGUCAGUUCUACUCAUGGAAAUCC